AUGGAUGGCACCGGAAGAAUGGCCUAUGCUGGCGAUAUUCAUGACCAGACGGGGUAUGGAGGAGGUGUAGUUCAUGGACAGUACACACAUGGCCAGAUAUCGGGGUAUGGACCCGGGUCAGCAGCUGCUGCUUCAGUGAUGGCUGGUGGUAUAGGAGGAGUUGGUGUAGGUGUCAGUGGUGGUAUUGGAGCUGGGGGAGUUGGAACUGGAACUGGAGCAGGAGCAGGUGGUGGUGGAGCUCAACCAGCAUCGAAAAGAGAUAAAAGACGACAGACACUGGCGGCCAAACUGGACCAAAUCACCGAUAUGUUUGAAAAUGAGCGGGACUUUCACUACAGCGAAAUGCUGAGAACAUUACAAUCGACACUAUAUUCAUUGCAUGUGGGAGACAACCCAGAGUUUCUGGAAGAACUGACUGAUUUGGAAGAAGUUCGCGACGAGCAGCUGGUAAUGCUGUAUUUAUGGGAAAAAUAUCAGAUAGAAAGGGCCGACCACGAGUAUAAUCAGGAUGUGGAGCUGGCUAAUGAAGAGCAUCGACAAAUGACUGAUAUGGUUAAAGAAAAGCUUAUGGCGAAACUCGAAUCUCAGCGUCGGAAACUGAGUGAAGAUAAAACGUUGUUGGAUAUAGCCAAUGACCACUCAUUCUUCCUGUCCAGUUCCGGGUUAUAUCAUUCGGAACGAAACAGUGCUAAAGACGUCAAUAGUGACUAUGGAGGUGGCUCGUCAACAGCAGGUGCAUUUUUAUAUCCUCCAGGAUCACCGUCUGGUCGUGAUUUCAGAGACGGUGGAGGCAUGAGUACACGAGCAGCUGCCGGUAGCGGUUCAGCAGCGGCAGCAGCGAUAGGAGCCGGUGGUGGAGGUAGUGGAGGAACUGGAUAUGGAAUAGGAGGAUACGGCGGAACCGGAUUGAAUGGGCAUGUGAACGGACUGGGUGCUGGCGGCGAGGGCUUUUCUUCUCAAAGUGGGAUGGAGCGUCGAGCACUUCGAAGGAGAGGAGGUGCUGCUUAUGAUGAUAGUGGACUGUCUGGUGGAGAAGGUAGUGGAGGUGCUGGCGGAACUGGAACUGGUGGAGCCACCUCGACCCGACGACGAGGAGCUUAUCACGGCACACUUAACGGAAGCGGUGCUGCUAAUACAAAUGGAUACCGGACCAAUAACGGAGGCAGUGAUAUGGAAACGGCAGCAGCUUUCAGCGACCGAGACCUGGAAGGAAUGCUCUUCUCCAAAGACCGAGAAGCCCCUACAACCAGACACUCGUCAAAAGCAUACCACGGAGUGCGUGUUCUCAAACCAGAAGAAGCCCAAGAAGACAUCGACCUCCUACGAGCCAGUAUCCGACGAGCCAAACGGCCAUAA